CUCGACCUCGUAUCUAUACUUCAAGUUUAUAUAUAUACACCUACAUACUUAUAUACAGUAUAUAUACGAGUGGUCGAUCCAUCCUUUCGUGCGGAGAAGAGGACGAUACAAUUCAAGAGAGCCUCGAGGGCUAGUUCAAUUGUGUGGUCUGGACUUUUCCUUUUCGCAAACCACCAUCACUGCUCUCAAAUAUCAUGGCUUCCACUCACGACAAUGCCGACUAUGGCGGCGGCUACGCGCCUGAGGAUAUUUACCCUCCUCAUCAUGGCAUGUCCCCUGGCACCUACCUGUCAACGCGAAUCAAAACCCUCAAGCCACCCAUGAACAAGGCCCCUAACCCUAUCCGCUUGCUAAUGAUGCUUACCCGCCACGACUGGGCCUUCUUCUCUAUCGCUUUCAUUGCUUGGACUUGGGAUGCCUUCGACUUCUUCACUGUGUCGCUGACGGCCUCGGAUUUGGCCGAGACAUUUGAUAAAGAUGUCGCUGACAUCACCUGGGGUAUCACGCUCGUGCUGAUGCUGCGAACGGCGGGUUCCAUCAUUUUCGGUAUUGCGGCUGACCGAUACGGUCGCAAGUGGCCAUUCAUCGUCAACAAUCUACUUUUCAUCGUGCUAGAAUUGGGUACUGGCUUCACUAAUACAUACAGCCAAUUCCUGGCGACCCGAGCUCUCUUCGGUAUUGCUAUGGGCGGCUUGUACGGCAAUGCUGCCGCCACCGCUCUGGAAGACAUCCCCGACGAGGCCCGUGGAUUGUUGAGUGGCAUGUUACAACAGGGCUACGCUCUGGGUUACCUUCUUGCCACUGCUUUUGCUCGCGCUCUCGUGAAUACAACGCCCUAUGGCUGGCGACCAUUCUACUGGUUCGCCGCCGGACCUCCCGCCAUCUUCAUUGUCUGGCGACUGUUCCUGCCUGAGACCAACACCUACAUCGCCCACCAGGAACUGCGCCGCGCCAAUGGAAGCAUCGGCAAGACGUUUGUCGAGGAAGGCAAGGUUGCGCUCAAACGCCAUUGGCUUAUCCUCAUCUACCUAGUCCUUCUUAUGGCGGGUUUCAACUUCAUGUCUCACGGCUCUCAGGAUCUGUAUCCCACGCUUCUGAAAAAUCAAUUCGGAUUCAAUGCCGACCAGGUAACAGUGACGCAAGUAGUUGCCAACUUGGGCGCUAUCACAGGAGGUACAAUUGUUGGGUUCUGCUCCCAGAUCUUCGGGCGACGGUUCAGCAUCAUUGUCAUGUGCAUUCUGGGUGGCGCAUUGCUCUAUCCCUACGGGUUUGUGACGAAUGAAAGAAUCAUCGCUGUUGCCUUUUUCGAGCAAUUCGCUGUGCAAGGCGCAUGGGGUGUCAUUCCCGUUCACCUGAUGGAGCUCUCGCCUGGCGCAUUCCGCACGUUCGUCGUUGGUACAUCUUACCAACUGGGCAAUCUCGUCUCGUCUGCCAGCUCCACCAUUGAGGCCACCAUCGGCGAGCGUUUCCCUCUCCCGCCCCUCAAGAACGGCGUGAGUAGAUACAAUUAUGGCAUAGUAAUUGCUAUUUUCAUGGGCGCCGUCUAUGUUUACGUCAUCUUACUGGUACUCUUGGGUCCCGAGCACCUGGGCCGACGCAUGGACGUCGCGUAUGAUGCUGAUGCUGCAGAAGCAACCGGCCAUGAUCUUUCUGAAAAGGUUGCGUACCGUGGUCAUAGCGAGGAUGGUGAUGUAGAGAAGGCAACUGCAACCCAUGCACAGUAAGAGUAUUAUUGCAUGAUGAAAUUCCAAAGGAUAUCCCCUGUCAAGGUAACGGGUGGAAUUGGGCGAUGGAUAUAUGCCAUAUUUUGAAAGUCGAGCUAGUGUAUGUUUAUCAUGCAACAGGGAUGCCGUGCUGUAACGUUUGAACACGGGUUCUGGAUCAAAGAUCAAAUUGAUACCAUGACGAGAUACACGAGUACAUACUGAAAACACGCCUGACAUAUCUCAUGCUCCAAGCAUAAGUAUCUUCCUCCAGCAAAUUAUAGCUCUCCAGCACACUUUUUCGUACUUGUCGCAUCUUUUCCCCAAGUCCAUUGAUCGCGCCUCAAUACGUGUAAGCUUCUGCGUUCUGUCCCUUCGCGUGAGUUGAAUCUCAAGCCAAGAAAACCAGCAAUCUUCAUUCGCACCCAGAAGCAACAAUCCUACUCAGAAGCAACAACACUACCUAGGCAACUUGAAGUCAACCGACCUGUAAAGCCUCAAUCCAUGUAGACUAGUCGGUAUAUAUAUUCGGUGCCCCUCAAAUAUACAUAUAUUCAAAAUGACUAAA